GAAGAUUUAUAAGUAUAUAAUAAUUGAAGAUUGCAUUUAAAAAUAAAGUUUCCUUUUUUUAUUAAAUAUUAUUCACAUUCAAAAAAUAAAAAAAAAACCCAAAUUACGCUCCCAAGUCCCAACCCUUUCCCUGAACACCACGUCGCAACCCAAAAUUUACACUUCUUCUGCUACUGCCGCUGCCAUUUCUGCUUUCAAGAUAUGCGCCUAAGUAAGAAACCCAUGUCCAUGCCUGUUAGAGGAAAGGGAAACGGAGACCACCACUUCGAUAAUGUUGAUCAUGCUUUGAGUUUGUUCAAUAAGAUGAUUGAAAAUUACCCAAAGCCUUCAAUUGUGGAAUUCAAUAAAUUAUUAGGAGCCAUUGUUAAGAUGAAACAUUAUGCCAUUGUUGUUUCUAAGUAUAGACAUAUCGAAUUAUUGGGAGUUUCCCAUGAUGUUUAUUCUAUGAGCAUCUUGAUUAAUUGCUUUUGUCAAUUAGGUCGAAUUGAUUUUGGGUUUUCUGCUGUGGGGAAAAUGCUGAAGUUAGGUGUUGAGCCUGAUGUUGUCACGUAUAAUACGUUGGUUGAUGCGCAUUGCAAGGAAGGGAUGGUCUCUGAAGCUGAGGAUAUUGUUGACGCAAUGAUAAAGCGAGGCAUUGAGCCUGAUGUUGUUACCUAUAGUGCAUUAAUCAACGGCCAUUGCUUGCAGAAUGAAAUGGAUAAAGCUAGAAGAGUUUUCAACUUGAUGAUUGAGAAGGGUUGUGCACCUGAUAUAGUUACUUACAGCACCAUGAUCAAUGGAUAUUGCAAAGGGGAAAGGUUAGACAAAGCAAUGGAACUCUUUCAUGAAAUAUCUCGAAAGGGACCAUUCCCGGAUACUGUCACAUACAACAUUCUUAUGCAGAGUAUGUGUCAGUUAGGGGAAGUUUCAACUGCAUGUAAACUUUUUAGAAAGAGGCUUGCCUCUGGACAAAUUCCAGAUAUAGCGACCUGUUUGAUUUUGCUGGAUGGUUUAUGCAAAACAGGUCAUAUCAAAGAGGCAUUGAAACUUUUUCAAGCAAUGCAAAACAUUGGGUUGGAACUUGAUAUUGUCCCGUAUACUAUCCUAAUUGAUGGGCUUUGUAAAGCUGGGCAUAUCGAUUUUGCCAAGGAAUUAUUUCAUCAACUCUCAAACAAUGGUUUAAAACCGAAUGUUGUCACAUAUUGUGUAAUGAUUAAUAGACUGUGUAAAGAGGGAUUACCAGAUGAAGCAUACAGGUUGUUUGGGAGCAUGGGAGAUAAUGACUGUUUGCCUAAUAGCCGCUGUUAUAAUGUAAUGAUUCGGGGGUUCCUUCGCAACAGCUAUACUUCAAAGGCAAAGCAACUUCUUAUGGAAAUGGUUGGUAAGGGCUUUUCUGCAGAUAUAAUCACUGCCCAAUAUCUGUAGCAAUGACAAUAGCAUCAGUAUAAAUUUCGGCUGCUCAGAACUUUUAACUCCAAGUGUGGAAUUCAAUCCAAUUUGGGGUUUGUGAUUGAAAACAUUUUCUGGUAAAUGAUUUCCGGAAAAUAGUAUGAUUUUCGGAAAAAUGUAAUAUUUUCCGAAUGAUUUUAUGUAAAACAUUUUACAUUA